AUGUCGUCCCUCAUCAAGAUCGCAACCACCGCACUUGCGGUCUUCUCCAGCGCCACUGCUGCUGCUGCCGCUACUGUCAACGCCAACGCCAACAACAACAAGAACACAGGCCUGGUCGAGUUCAAAAUCUGCCUAGUCGAAUGCAGCAUCUGGGAGGCGCGCACCUGCGGAAGCAUUUACAAUAUCAAAUGGAUUCCCAACCACUACAAAGCGUUGCACCACUGCAUGCUUGCCCACACACACUGUCGCCAGUCAUGCUAUGCAGGCGAGACAGCCAUCGAUGUGGCAGCGGAGGACUCAGAGCAGCAGAAGUACAUCAAUGAGUUGCGCAAUGUUCGCGACCUCCUGAUCUGCUCUGUGAAUGAGGAUUCCGCCAUAUGCUUCUCUUGA